CUGAAAUUUAGAUAAUGCUGAAACUCGGUCUCGUCUCUGCUAUCCUCGUUGCGGUAGCCCUUCACGCGCAUGCCCAGGAAACGGCUACUGGUAGCACUCUAGAUGCAGCUAGUGAAGAAGACCAAUCAUUAUUCUCCAUCAUUAAAUAUCCAAUUGGAAUCCUGGCGGGUGCUCAGUAUAAGCUCGACUUUGAGGUUGUAAAAACCAAGAGUGACGCUGGGCCCGCUCGCUAUAAUGUCAAUGUCAGCGGCAAGUGCGAACAGUUUAUUCCAGAACCACGAACCUUCACUUAUACACACUUUGACGGGUAUAACGCAGACUCGUAUUCUAUGGAAAGCGGAGACAAUAGCAACCAAGGGGAGUUAGGUGUUCGUUCCUGGGUGACACAUACACAUACGACUUCAUAUAGAGAUUUGCGCAUGAAAUGCAAUGGCGCAUACUUGGCGGCAUAUAACGACAGUAAUGACCAGUAUACCAAGUCUGCCGAAUACUCAAGCCGUUCUGCACAUGAGCUGGUUAACCAGGGCCUGACUGCGUUCGAGGAUAACCCAAAUCCAACUAGCCAUAGCUGGUAUAGCUCAGGGUAUCGUAGUAAGGUGUCAAGCGCGACUGAUUACAGUACUUCUGACCCCACACCAACAGGAAACGAAUCGAGGGAGUCAGUGCUUGAGACCCUAGCGCCUCCUCACAAUACAGAUGAGCGCGUCACAAGCGGGGAUGAGGAAACUGAGGCAGCAUCGACAUCUAGUAUUGUCUGGACAACACUUCACUACCCUUUUGGCGUGAUGGCCAAUGCCGAUUACAGGCUCAGCAUUGAACUGGUCAAGACUAAGAGCGAUGUCGGGCCUGCUCGCUACAACAUUGACAUGCGCGGUACAUGCCCCGAAUCUACACCAGGGCCAUACACAUUUGUUGGUGAGGAUUUUCUACCCUGCUACCCACAUCCAGGUUGCUUGGCGACUAUGAGCAGCGGCGAGAAUGAAAAUCGGCCAAAGUACAGCUGGAUACUAUAUACCACUACAGCGACACCUGAUUACGUGGAUUUCGCAUGUGGUGGUGUGUAUGAAGCCGUGUACAGCGACAGCGUAACACAAUACACCAAGACUGUCGAGUUUGUGAGUCAAAUACCAUUUCGGGUUGCUCAGCUAGCAUAUACUGCGUUCGAAGACAACCCACGGCCGGAGUAUUAUCUGCCGUAUGAGGACGACGAUGAUGCAGGGUCGAGCGAAGAGGAGCUGGAUACCGUUGAGCUCAUGCCAGCCAGUGCUGAUGCGACCUCGCUUGUGCCCGAGACACCGACGCCUACACCUCAUAUCAACGAGUUGCAUAUCGAGCUCUGAUGAUGAAGCUGGGUAUAUUCAUAUUCACUCCUAGCCCUUAGAUAAGAGCUUCGUAGAAAACCACAUUUUGUCCCCGGUGGGACCAAACCCGUCUUGGGCCCAGCUGCAGGGCACCAGAAUCUUCCUUGUACCGGCUAGCCGGACGAGGCGACAUGGCGAGAGCAGCUGUGCAUGUACCCUGGUUUAAUUCACGAUCAAAUCAAUUGUGCGCUCAGUCUUUUGGUGACAAACUCCAGAUAU